AUGCACACAGAAUAUGAAUGCAUGACUCUAGACUGAAAGAGGCACCCUGAAUUUUUCUGCCUUGCUCAUGAGCAAUUCACUUGUAGCCAAUGUAACACCAGCAGACAUUAUGAAUGAGACUCUACAAGGAUAUGCCAGUCUCUUGAGUUGGAAGAAAUCUCAGAUUUGCUUUAUAACUUUGUGGAUGGGCUCAAGAACAAAGCUGCUCUAUAUAAUUUGUUUAAGUCUAUACAAAGACUUGAAGAAGCACUCAAUGAUGUUGUCAAGAUGCUCCAAGCCAAUGUUGCUCAAUGCUUCAGACAAGAUAAGCAUGAAGACAUUUCGAAGCUUGUAUUCCAAGGCAAACAGAUAUUGUCAGACAUCUUCGAAGGAACUAUCUUUGGCAAUAACACAAAGUCAAAUCCAAUUCUGAGGCUUCUGUUUGACAGCCAAGUGCUGGACACUCAGAAUGGAUACUUGAUUCCACCAAUGGGAGUUAUCGAGGCUCUUGUGAACUUGAAAUCUAAAGAUCUUGUGAGAAAGUUAGUCAAGAGGACUAAGAAAAACUUUCAGGAUAAUAGAGAGCAAGAACUUGAGAUAGUUAGGAGAGAAGUCACACAAAAAUUGAAUAACAAAUACAUCCCUCAAAUAAAGAACCUUGAAAGCUUAGUUGAAAAGAUGCUUGUAGACAAACAAGAUGAUCAUGAAAGAAUCCAGUUCUUGGAAGGGUGACUUCAGAACAAGGCAGAUCAGUUAAUGGAAAUGCAGAUGGCCAAAUUACAAAUCAAAGAUUUUGAAUUAGAAAAUGCUACAUUAGUCAACCAAAUUGAGGAGUUACAAAACUGGGUACUCCACCACACAGAUUUCAAAGAUUCUAUCAUAAGCGAGAGCAAUGAGAUCAUUCAAACCUCAGGAAUAGCUCUAUUAGGAGACUCAGAGGUUGGGAAGACAGUCUUGACCUCUAGAAUAGAAGAAGAUGUGUUUUUACCCCAUUCAGAGCCAACUAAGAGCUAUGCCUUCAGGAUUGCUACAAGGAAUUACAAUCAUUCAUCUGUGAAAAUCAAGAUCUUAGAUACUGCUGGGAAGAAUCGAGCUGAAACAUUAAGUGUGAAAUUUCUAAAUUCAGCUCAAUACAUUUUCUUGAUGUAUGACAUCACUAGCAGUCAGUCUCUAGAAGGCUGACAAUUCUGGCUUAAUGAAAUUCCACCAGAGAGGAUCAAAGACAAGAUUAUAUACUUCAUCGGUAACAAGGCUGACCUCAAAGACCAGAGAGAAGUCUCUCUCGAAGUUGCAGCUGAGUUUAGAGCCAGUAAUGGAAUUGACUUCCACUUUGAAGUGUCUGCUAAGACAGGGGAUGGGAUAGAUAACCUACUUCAACAUGUGAUGAAGCACCUGUUUGUUCCUAGACAGUUUUCACUUUGAUAAAGAGUUUGUCAUGAGAUGAUCAAAGAUGAACCUUCUCAUAAUAAAACCUUUGUGAAUUUGUUCAAAAUUUUCUUGAGGCAGUAGUGGUCUCUGAUAUUCUUGAAACUCUAAUCUUCUGCUUAAUGAAGGAAUAUUUCAUUUAUUUAAGUUAUGAAUAAUUUAUUAAUAAAAAUUAGUCUUAU